AUGCGUCUGGGGUGGUUACGCGUCCUGGGCUGCAGACCGGGCUCGGUGGUGUCCCGGGCGACCAUCGUUGAGGGUGCGUCAACUACAGCGGCGGGAUCCCGAGGGUGCCUGGAAAGAAUCCUCGAGUGGACGUUUGGCGGGGUCCGAGGUUUCAGAAGCGCUGCUGUAGCCAUGGCCCCAAUCAAGGUGGGAGAUGCCAUUCCGUCAGUGGAGGUAUUUGAAAAGGAGCCUGGGAACAAGGUGAACCUGGCAGAGCUGUUCAAAGGCAAGAAGGGAGUGCUGUUUGGCCUCCCUGGUGCCUUUACCCCUGGUUGUUCCAAGACCCACCUGCCAGGGUUCGUGGAGCAGGCUGACGCUCUGAAGGCCAAGGGGGUCCAGGUGCUGGCAUGUCUGACGGUUAAUGAUGUCUUUGUGACUCAAGAGUGGGCACACGCCCACAACGCAGAGGGCAAGGUUCGGCUCCUGGCAGACCCCAAUGGGACCUUUGGGAAGGAGACAGAUCUGUUACUUGAUGAAUCACUGGUGUAUCUCUUUGGGAAUCAACGACUGAAGAGGUUCUCCAUGGUGAUAGAGGAUGGCAUCGUCAAAUCCCUGAACGUGGAGCCAGAUGGCACAGGCCUCACCUGCAGCCUGGCCCCCAACAUCCUCCCACAGCUCUGA